UUUAUUUAGAAGAACACAAACAGAAGAUUGCGGGUGCCAGCUGUUCAACCACUUUGCUUUCUUCUUCUUCUUCUUCCUCCCUUUGGUUAGUUAGGGUUUUCCUUUCCACAACUUCACUUUCUUCUUCACUUCGCACAUUGCUUUUGUUUUUUUUUUUCUUUUGCAAUCACACAUUACAACAACGUAAUUCCUCCAAAAACUGAAAAGCAAACACACACAAUUUGGCUCACUAGAGAACUCGCACGUGCCAUCACUGUCCUGUCUCGUGUGCGGUACGAGGGUUUUAAUGGUGGAGCUCUUGUUGCUAGUGAAAUUAAGACUCCAUUAGAGAUGAGGGUUGAAGGUGGAAGUUAUUGAAUGUUGAAUUAUUCAGCUUGAGGAGUUGCCAAGUUGGAACUUACUUUUGGAAGUAUUCAUCUUGUGUGUGUGAUUACUGAGUUGACGAGUGUCCAAAUUAGGUUGGAUUGGAGGCAUUCAGAAUUAGGUUUAUUGUGUUAUUCUGGGAAAAUAGCUAAAACGGGGUCGCUUUGUUGUGUGGCUUCAAGGCCACAUGAAUCAAAUGCUGGUAGUAGGGACUGGUCCAUGGGUCCAAAUGAGCCCUACUGGCGAACGAAUUCAAGCUAUUCGCCACCUCCGACGAGGUGGGAUUUCAGAUUUCAGUCCGAAGGGCUGCCAUAUGAUGUGAAUGAUGGUGUUCAACUCUAUGGGUCAUCUACAUCAUCAAUUGAUAAAGAAAGUAGAGGCUGGGUCAGAGGCAACCACCUGUAUGAUCUUCACUAUUCUGCUUCAGAUGAUACUGGGAUUUUCCUUAGCAGUCCAUCUGACCUUUCUCAGGGUCCUCAGUGGACGCCACCUGCAAUACAAGAAAUCAGUAUUGACAAUUAUGAAACUUCGACUAGGAAAGAUUCUCAUCCUUCUGUUGACCGGGUAUCUUUUACUCCCAAUAAGGAGGGAACAUCCGUGAAUCCCAACAGUGGGGGUUCAACGUCUUCUCAGUCGGAAAGUAGUGAAUCUGAGUCUACUGCAAAAUCACGUUUAUCCUCUCAGAGGAAUUUCUCUAAUCUUCGUUCAUUCAUGUCUAAGCCCAUUCAUCCUAUGUCCUUUAAUGACCUAACAACUACUAGGGAUGCCUUUGAUCCUGCAGUUACAGAUUUUACAGAGUUUGAUACUUCCACUCCACUCAGAGAUGGCCACCGUUGGAGUAGUGCCAGCAGUAGUCAGGAGUUUGCUGACAUUACUGAGUCAUUUGAAUUAGAAACUCCUGGUCGCUCACAUUUUCUGUCAGAUGGAUUUAGAUGUGGUUUGUGUGAAAGAUUUCUCACACAGAGAUCACCUUGGAGCUCCCGUCGUAUUGUGAGAAGUGGAGACAUGCCUACAAUUGGGGUUCUUCCGUGUUGUCAUGCUUUUCAUGCUGAGUGCUUGGAGCAAACAACGCCAAAGACACAGAAAAGCGAUCCUCCUUGCCCUGUUUGUGUCAAAUUGGAGGAGGAAAAUUCCCCUGAUCAAAGGGGCCACUUGAGAUUGAGGACUGGUUUUCCAAGGCUUAAAUCAUCUCGUGACGAUGGACCCUCAAGACCUUGGGGCUGUGUACAGGUAGGUGAUUGUGUUGAAGGGGCUCUGCAUGCACCGCCACGCAACACGAUGCUCCUGCUUAAUCGAAAUCGCAUUAAGAAGAACCUUUCUUUGAAAGGUAACAUCGGCAAGGAAUUUCCAGGUAAGAUGAGGAAAAAUGGGGCAUUUUCUUCACAUCUGUUUAGUGGAAGCUCGGCUGAUGGGGAAGCAGUGGGUUCCUCUAAGGCAACUGCAGGCCCAAGUGUGUGGAGGUAAUAUCAAAUGUUGGUAAGUUGUAACUUUCACCUAGAGAUUUGCAGAAGCUGACACUCCCACUUUGUUGAGCAAAAUUUUAUGACACUGAUUCCUAACUUGUUCCAGAUUUUGUAUAGAUUGAUUUGUUGUAUGUGUUUCGGAACUCACGCUUGGAGCUUGAUCUUAUUUUGCUUGAUUUAUGCAUUGAUGUGUAAUCUUUAGUCGCGGUCUUAAAAGUUAAAAUAUCUA